GGAAGCUCAGCCUAGCCUUCACCAUCCCAACUGUCCAGCAUGCGACCGCCGUCGCCGUCAAUACCUGAAAAAGAAUUCGUAUACCAAGCACUGAAACAGUCUCUCCGACUCGAUGGCCGCAAUCACCUUGACGCCAGGACGCCGACACUCGACUUUGGUCCAGAUCUCGGUUGGGUGGAGUGUGGGUAUGGAAAAACACGAGUGAUCGCUUAUGUCGAGGCAAAAAUGACGAAGCCGCCACCCGAACGACCUCUAGAGGGCAUUAUCACAAUACACUCCGAGAUAUCGCCUAUGGCGUCUGUGGAUUACGAACCCGGUCGCCCAUCGGAGGAGGAAAUAACGAUCACACGGAUGUUAGAUAAGAUUUUGAGAAGGAGCGAUGCGAUUGACAAGGAAUCGCUUUGCAUCGUUGCCGGUGAGCGAGUCUGGCACCUUCGCUUAACGAUCCACUGUCUUGCAGACGCAGGAAACAUGCUGGACUGCGCAUGUCUCGCAGGCAUAGUGGCCUUCAAACAUUUCCGCAAGCCGGAGGUUGAGGUUAUCGGGGACGAGGUGAUCGUCCAUUCAGCAGCAGAACGAUCACCGGUACCCUUGGCUAUCCAUCAUAUGCCCUUCUGCGUUACGUUUGCAUUUUUCCCGGACCCUUCUAUGCGGCCCGUGCUAGAUCCGUCACUAUUGGAACAACGGUUGAGCACAGGCCUGAUGAGCAUCGCGUUGAACGCACAACGUGAAAUCUGUGUCCUACAGAAGGCUGGCGGUGUGCCGAUUGCUGCAGAAGAAGUACUGCAGUUGAUCGAUGUCGCAGUAACGGUGGCUAAGGAUCUAGACAAGUUUGUUCAAAUGCGAUUACGAGAAGACUGGGAAACCAGAAAGAUAGAAAUUAUGUAGGCAAACAUCCCCAUCUUCGUUCUAGCAUCGAUCGCAGGAAGGAGAUGAAACCGGUCUAUAUGUGCAUGAGGUGUAGUGGUAUACAUUGUAGUGUACCCGACUUCUUUAUGUAACGUCUGCUUGACACUUCAAUCCCUAUUACAUAGAAGUCUUCAUGGCUCUAUCAAGAACCAGGUAAGUGCACACGCAAGAAGCGGAUCAUCGGUCUUAAUCCUUACGGGCUCGCUUCCUCGCGGUGCCGUCCUGCAUACCAAUAUCAUUGUCG